AACACAUUCACGCACAUAUAUAUUCCUCUUUGUAUUUUCGGUUUUGCUCAUUCUGUUCUCUCCUUCCUCUGGUUCCAACACUUGGGUGCUGCUUCCUUCUGCACCCACUCUUCAACUUUCGAUAUACAAUCUUCUUCAGAUCAUCAACACACCCCAUUUUCAUGAUCCGGGUGGCUUCGUCUGUAGAGAAAAAAAUUUGGAUUUUGAGACUUUCCCAGGGCUUAAAAUGUUGCUUCUUUGAGGGAGGUUUCAUGGGUUGAACUAGAAGAAUCAUGGGUAGCUUCAGUGGAGACGAAGAAUGUCGGUUUUUUGAUGCUCAAGAGGAUGUUGGGUCCAUUACUGAUGAUGAAGGGGUAUCCAAGGGUUUUGAUUAUGAAGUGUGGGUUCGGAGCCCGAGGAGUGUGAGAGAGCGUAGGAGCAAGUUUAUGGAGAGGAUGGGACUGAGUAUGGAUUGGAUUGCCCUUGAAAAUUCAGUGGAUGCGUGUAGUGUUGAGUGUGAAGAGUUGAUGGAUAGAGUUAAACUAGAAGAUGCUAGUGGUGCUGUGACCCGAACUUCUGUUUUUGAAGAGCAGUUUUGUUCAAGCCGGUCAAUGUCUUGUUGGCAUAGUGGGAAUUCUUCAGAGGAGGGUUCAGUGGAUGACUUGCCGUGUCAAGAUGGGGAUUUGGAGGGUAAUGUGGAUCAGGAGGGGAAACAGUGUAGGAAGAUGAAUGAUGGAAGAGAUCUGGAUUCAGAUCAGUUCGUGGUUGCGCGGGAACCUGAGGAUUCUGAGAAUGCCUCUGGGGUGUCUCCUUGUUUCCAAGGUAGAGAGGAUAGGGAGAAGGAUGUUGAUGCUUUUGCCAGGAGGACGAAUAGGGAUAGAAAAGGUUGGUUCAGAAGAUUGCGGUCGAUGACGUGCAUGAUUGAUAGGCAAGGGGAAGGUGAUAAUGGGAGAAGUGAAGGCAGUGGAGCAAUGUCAGGGUCUAGGCUUCAGAAAGUUAAGGUCCGUCAGUCUAGGAAGCAUAUGAAAGAACUUUCGGCUCUUUACAUGAGGCAAGAUAUCCAAGCGCAUGAAGGUUCAAUUUUGACCAUGAAAUUCAGUCCUGAUGGGCAGUAUCUUGCGAGCGGUGGUGAAGAUGGGGUUGUGCGCUUGUGGCAAGUGGUUGAGGAGGAUAGAUGUAAUGAAAUUGACAUUCCAGAAAUUGAUCCAUCCUGCAUUUACUUUACAGUGAAUAAUCUCUCUGAAUUGACACCCCUGUUUAUGGAUAAGGAAAAAAUUAGCAAACUGAAGAGUCUGAAAAAAACAUCAGAUUCAGCUUGUGUUGUUUUCCCCCCUAAAAUCUUCCGGUUGUUGGAGAAACCAUUGCAUGAGUUUUGUGGGCAUAGAGGUGAAGUUUUGGAUCUCUCUUGGUCAAAGAAUAAUUAUCUUCUGUCUUCUUCAGUUGACAAAACUGUCAGAUUAUGGAACGUGAAUCACGACCAUUGCUUGAAAGUUUUCUCACACAGUAAUUAUGUGACAUGCAUACAAUUCAAUCCUAUGGAUGAUAAUUAUUUCAUUAGUGGAUCUAUAGAUGGAAAAGUGCGCAUCUGGGAAAUUCCUGAUUGUCAUGUUGUUGAUUGGACUGACAUUAAAGAUAUAGUUACUGCAGUAUGUUAUCGACCUGAUGGGCAGGGAGGGAUAAUUGGCUCCUUGGCUGGCUAUUGUCGGUUUUAUAAUGUAUCAGAAAAUCGCUUGCAGUUAGAUACCCAACUAUGCUUAAUUGGUAAAAAGAAACUUACUGGCAGAGGGAUAACUGGCUUUCAGUUUCUUCCACAAGAUUCCAACAAAGUUAUGGUUACCUGUGCUGAUUCAAAAGUCAGAAUCCUUGACGGGCUUCAUGUGAUUGGCAAAUACAAAAGCCUUAGCACGGGGAGUCCAUUGUGUGCAUCCUUUACUUCUGAUGGGAAACAUAUUUUAUCAGCAUGUAAAGACUCUAAUGUAUAUCUAUGGAAUAUUAGUGAGGAACAGUCUAAUCCCAUGAAAGCUAGGAAGAUUAGGUCUUGCGAGCAGUUUUUCUCAAAUGCAUCUGUUGCAGUACCUUGGCAUGGUUUGAAAUCUCUAAAUCCUGAAAAUGAACAUCAAUUGGAUGUCUUGGAUAAAAAAUCACCCCAAGUUAUACAUCUCAAUCCACCUACUUCAUUCUCUCUGAGUCAAGAGUUUUUCUUGGGGUCUUUUCCUAAGGGAUCUGCAACAUGGCCUGAGGAAAAACUUCCUAUUUCAAGCUCCAAAUCUAAAACAUCAAUGAUCCAUAAAUCUGAAUACAAGUUUUUGAAAUCUUCUUGUAAGAGUACCUCCUCUGCCCAUGCAUGGGGUAUGGUCAUUGUCACUGCAGGUUGGGAUGGUAGGAUUAAAUCAUUCCACAAUUAUGGGUUACCUAUACCCGUUUGAAAUGAAGUGACUUUUCCUAGGUUGAAGAAUGUGGUCAAGAUUCAUUACUUUUCUUAGACAUGUCCUUGGAAAAUUUCAUGCUCAUGGAGAUUCAAGAGUGACUUUGGAACAAAUCAAGUUGAAGUAUAAACCUUAAACGUGCAUUUGCAGUUUUGAUGAGUCAUGACUUUGGCUUUUGGAGGGUCUCCUUUCAAAUAUCAGGGGAUUUAUAUUGCCCGGUCGAGCUUAACAAUUGGUGGCACUAUUGUGGUUCUAAUGCAACCAUGCUGGAUAUUAGCAAGUGGCCAAGUUUGAGCUUGUCUUGGUACCCUUUCUAAAUUGCCUUUUGUUACACAAGAAUCUGCUGGCCCCUAAAAGAGAUGCAAAGCCAUGUGUUAGAACUUGGAAGGGGGCCUAUGAGAUAUUAUUUGGAUAUGUUGUGGGUCUGUGGUACCUGUGUAAACCCUCUUGUUUGCUGAAAUGAGAGGAGGAAAUUCAAGAGCUGGUGAUUGGAGUUCUCUUUGAUCAAAAUGCUGAAGGCGUUGAUGAUUUUAUUAUUGGCAGGACUAACUAAAUGAAUCUCUUUGUCUGCCAAUUUUCUUGUCCAUCUCAUGGUAGGGCCUCUUAUGCCUCACGUUAAAACUUGCAAGUGUGGUGAGGAUGUGUGUGGCGGUCAUUUCUGUUUGAAUAGGUGCUUUUAGCUGCCUGUUGCUCCAAUGAUACAAACAGUACAAACAACCAAUUUAUCUGCUUCCAUUCUGUUUAGUGGCUCCAAGUUUAGCUCAGUGUCAGAGUCUUUGGCAACUGUUGCAGUGCUGACAAUUAUUAUUACUAACAAACAUUCCCAAUAUAGUCUCAAUUUUAGGCUGACAUCACCUUUGAUUAUUUCAGUUACAGCUAUCUUAUCCUUUCCAAUUUGAUACAAUACUAUUUCCAUUUUGUUGUUGGCAGAUAUGUAAAUUUGUAACUUGCUUAUGUAAGUAAAAUUUUGUUGGCUUGGCCUUUGGUUGAUCGAAAUACUAGUAAACAAAAGUUCUUUGUAUGGUCGCUCUUUUUGGUGACUCUUUAGUUUACUCAUGAUCAGGUUUUAUAUUGUGCCACACAUUUCAAUAUAUAAUAUAUGACUGAAAAUAAUUUGAGUAGUCAUGAGUUAGAAUC